GAAAUAAAAAAGAUGGUGAUUAUACUUCAAUUUAUUACGUGGCGAGAGCGUUCAUGAAAUUACAGACAUCUUUUGUCAUAUUUCCAAGAAUAAUAGGCAAGGGAGAUUAUGCUAAGCAUCUUGCUGAUAUACUCAUUCGUAUGCGUCAUGAGGUUGCUGUAGAUGAUCCAUCAUCUUCAUUAUCGAUCUCUCAAAGAUUGAUAGACGAAAUAUUUGAUAUCAAAGCUUCACAUGUGGAAGUGGAUUCUUCGAUCGUGGAACCUGCGCAAGCAACUACAGUAACAUCUACAACUACUAGCACUCAUUCUCAGUCACAACCACCCAUUCAACCUCAAGAGAUAAAUUUUGCAGUAGUGGGAGGUGUUCUUAACAGAGUUGCUAAAAGAAUAAACGAAUAUUAUGAGGAAAGUCAUAAAGCUAAAACUGUAGUACAAAUUCGUGAAUUCACCAACAAAUUGGGAAGCCUACAAUUAGAACAUCAAUCUUUAAAAAUUUAUUUAGUAGCUGGUAUAGAUGUUAACAUACAAAAUGAACACAUAGAGGAAAUGAUCAAUCGACAGGUUCCACUUACUCAAGUUUUACGAUUAUUAUGUCUACAAAGUCUUGUAAAUGGUAGAUUGAAGCAAAAGAUUGAAGAACAUAAUCCUCAGGAUAUAUCAUAUGUAUAUUCUGGAUAUGCUCCUUUAAGCGUACGUUUGAUAAAAUGCGCGACGACCAAGAGUGGAUCAUCUUCGACUUGUAAUGGAUGGAAAGGAUAUGAAGAGGUGUUGAGAAUGUUGUCAGAUAAAAACUUUCGAUGA